GGUGGGAGGGGCUGAACGCGGAAGCGCUGCGUGUUUCUAAACGGGAGCGUGCGGCCCUGGUGCUCGCGCGUAGCAACUCGCUGUCAACUUUCCGGAGUUCAUAACUGCUGAUCAAAUUUACAUGAAGUAGCUGGUUAAACACCAGCGGGCUAGUCUGACCAGGAAUGGGAGCCAACAACAGCACGCGCCGCGUGUCCUUUGAGUCGGAUGAGAAUGAGAACAUAACGAUAGUGAAGGGCAUACGGCUCUCAGAGAAGGUCAUCGACCGCAUGAGGGAGCCCUCAGGCCCACCACAGCCCCCCACCAGAACCCCUCCUGCUUCUCCUCCCGUAGUUGAUCCUCUGCCAGCACUGGUGCCAAUAUCUUCUCCACCUGACCCUGUCACUUCCCUUCCACCCUCUUCCUUGCCAGAGCGAGUCAGACUCCCUGAGCAGGUGACCACUACUGCACCUCCUCCUCCUCCUCCGCCGGUCAUUCUCCCCCCACCUCCUCCCGUAGCGACAUCUGAAUCAGUGGGUGCUGCAUCAGCCCCUGCAGAAAUAACCACCCCCUCCCCUCCAGCUGAACUUGUCGCUCCUGUCGCUUCCGCUGCUGAAACUACUCCACAGCCGCCUUUGUGUGUAGAAAAACCCGCGGCUGCUUCUUCACCACCGCCACCACCUCCACCCGCCGUGGAUGAGUCUGAACUGAGAAGAAAGAUCUCUGAAGAGCUGCAGAAGGGCCUGGAGGAAGAGAGGAGAAAGGCAAAGGAGGAGCUCAACCAGUGGCUGGAAAAGGAAAAGUCCCAGGCUCAUGUUGAGGCCCAGGCAGAAGCCCAAGCCCAGGUGAAAGACGAGGUGAGCAGGAUCCUUGCAUUGGAGAAAGAGCAGAGCAUCCAGAAAGCCAUACUGAGAGAAAAAAUCAGCGCUGAGGAUGAAAGACUGCAAGCUCAGAUAUAUCAGAUGGAGAGAAAGGCUAGACAGUUGGAGGAGAGAGACAAAGAGCUCCGGAAACAGGAUGCCUUCUACAGAGAGCAAGUGGCCAAGCUGAAGGAAAGAAGUGGCCAGUUCUACAAGGUUACAAAUGAAAACUAUCACAAGGCAGCAGACGAGGUCAACGCCAAGUUUAAACGAUAUGAAAUUAGUCCAGUGUGCACCGACCUUCAGGGGCAGAUUCUGAAGUGCUACAGAGAAAAUGCUGGAAAAACUCUGCUGUGCUCCAACAUCGCCUCUCUAUACAUGCAGUGUGUCAACAGUGCAAAACAGGAAAAGUUGAGGACUGGAGGUUAAGUCUCUGCGCGGAAGACCCGUUUGUAUCUGUGAUCUCACCGUUUAUCGACUGUUGCCAAGAAAAGACGCCACCCGGAGACACACCUGAGCAGACCUGAAGCAGAAUCUGCAGUGUAUUGAGAGCUAGAGACCCUUUUUUUCCCUUUACCCUUUCCCAUCACUUUUACCUUUCUACCUCCUUCCUGUUAGUUCACCUUUAUCCAGCAAAGGGGAAACUUGGAUCCAUUUCUGAAAUGGACAGAAUCAGUGAGCAGCGGCGAUCGUAGGUGGAACUCAAAAGCUCUGAGCACCUGAACCAGAAAAUGCACCUGAAAAGGAUAGCACACAGUGAAGAGAACCGAACUAGGCACCAAAUAUUGGCCACACCAGGCCAAUCAAGACCCAGAAGUCGGAGUUGCUUCUAGAUUUGGUCGUAGCGUCACUUAUCCAGUCAUCAUACCUGUGAUCACCCUGCUAACCCACCACGAUGCUCCAUCACGCUUCCCAUUGCACUAGUCACAUCCUCCAGCUGUUCGUUGUGUUUUUUGCGUGUGAUGUACAUUACCGUUUUGUCUCGUCGUUCACACGAAAAGGUCAGGCCUGAUCCCCUGAUCUGCUUUAAAGAAUAAACUAUUCAAACCUAA